UUCUCCUUCUCCUCCUCCUUUUCUUUCAAACCUUCUCUUAUAAACUAGUAGCACAUGCUUCUUCUUCUACUCCUUCUUCACGCACAAACCGCUAUAUAUUUUCACCCUUCAUAUAUCUAUCUACUUCUAAAGGUUAGAUUACCUUGAGGGCUUUGUGAUCUCUUUUGUGAUAGUCAAUAUCAUGGGGUCUAUGAAUUUGUUAGGUUUUUCUCUCUCUCCUCAAGAACACCCUUCUAGUCAAGAUCACUCUCAAACGGCACCUUCUCGUUUUUGCUUCAACCCUGAUGGAAUCUCAAGCACUGAUGUAGCAGGAGACUGCUUUGAUCUCACUUCUGACUCAACUCCUCAUUUACUCAACCUUCCCUCUUACGGCAUAUACGAAGCUUUUCAUAGGAGCAACAAUAUUCACACCACUCAAGAUUGGAAGGAGAACUACAACAGCCAAAACUUGCUAUUGGGAACUUCAUGCAGCAACCAAAACAUGAACCACAACCAUCAGCAACAACAACAACAACAGCCAAAGCUUGAAAACUUCCUCGGUGGACACUCAUUUGGUGAACAUGAGCAACCCUACGGUGGUAACUCAGCCUCUACAGAAUACAUGUUCCCGGCUCAGCCGGUAUUGGCCGGUGGCGGCGGCGGUGGUAGCAAUAGCAGCAACACAAGCAACAGUAGCUCCAUAGGGUUAUCCAUGAUAAAGACAUGGUUGAGGAACCAACCACCACACUCAGAAAACAACAAUAACAACAACAAUGAAAGUGGUGGCAAUAGUAGAAGCAGUGUGCAGCAGACUCUAUCACUUUCCAUGAGUACUGGUUCACAAUCAAGCACAUCACUACCCCUUCUCACUGCUAGUGUGGAUAAUGGAGAGAGUUCUUCUGAUAACAAACAACCACAUACCACGGCUGCACUUGAUACAACCCAAACCGGAGCCAUUGAAACUGCACCCAGAAAGUCCAUUGACACUUUUGGACAGAGAACUUCUAUCUACCGUGGUGUAACAAGGCAUAGGUGGACGGGGAGGUAUGAGGCUCACCUGUGGGAUAAUAGUUGUAGAAGAGAGGGACAAACUCGCAAAGGAAGGCAAGUUUACUUGGGAGGUUAUGACAAAGAAGAAAAGGCAGCUAGAGCCUACGAUUUGGCAGCACUAAAAUACUGGGGAACAACUACGACAACAAAUUUUCCAAUUAGCCACUAUGAGAAAGAGUUGGAAGAAAUGAAGCACAUGACUAGGCAAGAGUACGUUGCGUCAUUGAGAAGGAAGAGUAGUGGGUUUUCUCGCGGGGCAUCCAUUUAUCGAGGUGUGACGAGACACCAUCAACAUGGAAGAUGGCAAGCGAGGAUUGGAAGAGUUGCUGGCAACAAGGAUCUCUACUUGGGAACUUUCAGCACCCAAGAGGAGGCAGCAGAAGCAUAUGAUGUAGCAGCAAUCAAAUUCAGAGGACUAAGUGCUGUUACAAACUUUGACAUGAGCAGAUAUGACGUGAAAAGCAUACUUGAGAGCACCACUUUGCCAAUUGGUGGUGCUGCAAAGCGUUUGAAGGAUAUGGAGCAGGUGGAACUGAGGGUGGAGAAUGUUCAUAGAGCAGAUCAAGAAGAUCAUAGUAGCAUCAUGAACUCUCACUUAACUCAAGGAAUCAUUAACAACUAUGCAGCAGGAGGAACAACAACGACUCAUCAUCAUAACUGGCACAAUGCUCUUGCAUUCCACCAACCUCAACCUUGCACCACCAUACACUACCCUUAUGGACAAAGAAUUAAUUGGUGCAAGCAAGAACAAGACAACUCUGAUGCCUCUCACUCUUUGUCUUAUUCAGAUAUUCAUCAACUACAGCUAGGGAACAAUGGCACACACAACUUCUUUCACACAAAUUCAGGGUUGCACCCUAUGUUAAGCAUGGAUUCUGCUUCCAUUGACAAUAGCUCUUCAUCUAACUCUGUUGUUUAUGAUGGUUAUGGAGGUGGUGGGGGCUAUAAUGUGAUUCCUAUGGGGACUACUACUACUGUUGUUGCAAAUGAUGGUGAUCAAAAUCCAAGAAGCAAUCAUGGUUUUGGUGAUAAUGAGAUAAAGGCACUUGGUUAUGAAAGUGUGUAUGGUUCUACAACUGAUCCUUAUCAUGCACAUGCAAGGAACUUGUAUUAUCUUACUCAACAGCAACCAUCUUCUGUUGAUGCAGUGAAGGCUAGUGCAUAUGAUCAAGGAUCUGCAUGCAAUACUUGGGUUCCAACUGCUAUUCCAACUCAUGCACCAAGGUCUAGUACUAGUAUGGCUCUCUGCCAUGGUGCUACGCCCUUCUCUUUAUUGCAUGAAUAGGUGGAAAAACUAGGGAAAAGGAAGAGUCACCAAGGAGAUUAAAAUGAUGCAUAUAUUGAUGACUUGGUUCUUCCUCUUUAUGAAUGAAGUUGCUAAUUUGAUAGUGUGUGCACUUUUGAAGAUGAGGACAUAUAUAGGUUUUCUUUCACUAUCUCUAACUAGCAGGAUCCUUAUUUCACUAGGGUUUAGUCAUGGCAGAAUCAAUUUGCGGUGAAUUUUGGGAAUUAACUUGGAUAAGAAUGUGUGGACAGAUAUCAUUGGGAUGUUUUUAUUAUCAGCGAGCUUUGUAAUUCUGGAAUAACAAGGAUCAUACAAAGGGUGGAGUUUUCCUCAAUGUAUAUGCGUGGCACUUGUUUUAGUUUCUUAA